CCAACUGUUUUAGCAACAAAAUCUCCCACGCAAAGUAAGAGAUGCUCGAAAAGGCUCUGUUCUCUGACUUCUCUCAGACGAAGGAAUUGUUGGCAGCUCACGUAAGGGUUUCUGGUGUAGCCGCGGCUGUUUUGGGUCUAUUUAUCUUCACAGCUUUGGUUCAGAAACUCACCAACAAGGGACCCCUGUUAUGGCCAGUUCUUGGGAUCAUGCCCACCUUGUUCUUCAAUAUCAACCGAGCCUAUGAUUGGAUUACCGAAACUCUCAUCAAAUCUGGAGGCACAUUUCGUUUUAGAGGGAUGUGGACCAGCGGCGCAUAUGUCAUCGUCACUUCUGAUCCUUCCAACAUCGAGUACAUGCUCAAGACAAGAUUCAAGAACUUCCCUAAAGGGCAGUACUUCCGGGAGAGGUUCUCCGACUUGCUCGGCGAUGGCAUCUUUAACGCCGAUGAUGAUUUGUGGAAGGAACAAAGGCGGAUCGCGACGUCGGAGAUGCAUUCGAGACGGUUCCUCCAGUAUUCUCUUCAAACCAUUCAGGACCUGGUGCACCAGAAGCUCUUGAAAUUGCUAAACAAGCUUGCGGUUUCGGGGGAGAGCAUCGAUCUCCAAGACGUUCUCCUCCGGUUCACAUUCGAUAACAUCUGCACCGCCGCAUUCGGAGUCGACCCGGACUGCUUGGCCAUCGACCUUCCCGAGGUCCCUUUCGCGAAAGCUUUCGAGCUAGCCACCGAGUUCAGUGUGUUGAGGUUCGUAACGCCUCCUUUGUUAUGGAAGUCCAUGAAGUACUUUGGGGUGGGAUCCGAGAAGCGACUCAAGGAGGCGGUUGAAAUAGUUCACAAAUUCGCGGAGAAGACGGUGAUCGAUAGGAGGACGGAAAACUGCAAGCUCGGCAACCUAAAUGGUCGUUCUGAUCUAUUGUCAAGGAUCAUUGAGAUGGAAGACCCAGAUGAAAAGGGCAAGAAGAAGUUGUCGGACAAGUUUCUUAAAGAUUUCUGCAUAAGCUUUACCUUGGCGGGACGGGAUACAAGCUCGGUAGCACUAGCAUGGUUCUUCUGGCUAUUACACGAGCACCCGAGAGUCGAACAGCGAAUUCUGGAGGAGAUCAAGGAGAUGAUCGACCUUCGGGAGUCGAAGAAGGGGAAGGUUGACGAUGUAACUUUUUCCAUGGACGAGCUAAAGAAGAUGGUGUACCUUGAAGCAACCCUAUCAGAAACCCUCAGGCUGUACCCGUCGGUGCCGGUGGACUUCAAGGAGGUUCAAGAAGACGACGUGUUCCCUACAGGAACGGACGUCAAAAAGGGUGCUCGAGUGUUCUACAGCAUUUACUCGAUGGCUAGAAUGGAGGACAUAUGGGGAAAAGACUGCAGGGAGUUUAAGCCGGAGAGAUGGAUCAAAGACGACGGGGAACUGGUGAACGAGAGCCAGUUUAAGUUCGCAGUGUUUAAUGCAGGACCGAGGUUGUGUGUAGGGAAGAAAUUCGCUUACAUGCAGAUGAAGUUGGUGGCUGCUUCUAUCCUAUUGAGGUACUCGGUUAAGGUGGUAGAGGGCCAAACCAUUGUUCCAAAAUUAACCACCACACUUUACAUGAAGAAUGGCUUGAUGGUUACUCUCCAGCCAAGGAUGAAGUGAAUCUGCUGCUGUAGCCUGUACUCUGUAGCAUUUGCUUUGAAGCCGGCCUGUUGAUUAAUUAAUUGGGCAAUAAUACAGAUUACUGAUAAAUUAAAAUUAAGGUAUAUCCAAGAAAAAAAUUCUCAAGUGUGUGUCGUAAAAUAAAUGUAUAUAUAAAUGGAGCAGACAUUAUUUGCUU